AUGAGGAACACGAGAAGUAUGAUCGAGAUCAUGAAAAAAAAAAAAAAGGAUGGACUUGAACAGAAGCACUGCAAAAUCCAGAGGACGAGGAUAGGACAUAUGGGACGAGGAUUGACAGGUAAAAGGAGAAGGCUGCGCAGUGAGGAGGAGGCAAGGAGUACAAGGAGCACAAGCAGAACAAGCGGAACAAGGAGAGAGGACGAGGACGAGGACGAGGACGAGGACGAGGAUCAGGACGAGGACGAGGAUCAGGACGAGGACGAGGACGAGGACGAGGAUCAGGACGAGGACGAGGAUCAGGACGAGGACGAGGACGAGGACGAGGACGAGGACGAGGAAGAGGACGAGGACGAGGACGAGGACGAGGACUAG